AUGGUCUUGCCGACGUCCGUGUUGGCCGCAAAGAUCUGGUAUGCCUGGAAUGCACGCGUAGGGUGGAAUGGAGCAGGCAUUGCCAAAUCGACUUUUGAAAAGGGUGCGGGUGGGGAAAAGGGAAAAGCCCUUUCGGCUGCCGCCAUCCAUGCCGGUAGUCCCUUGAGAAACGACUGGACGCGUGAAGAAAUCCAAGCCAUCUUUGACUCGCCCUUUAUGGAUCUGAUGUACUAUGGUGCCAAGGUGCAUCGCGAGAACUUUAACGGCCGUGAGGUACAACAAUGCACACUCUUGUCGAUCAAGACCGGUGGCUGCACAGAAGACUGCAAGUACUGCCCGCAGUCGUCGCGAUACAACACUGUCGUCAAGGCACAAAAGAUGCUGGACACCGGUGAGGUCUUGGAUGCUGCUCAGCGUGCCAAGGAUGCAGGAAGCACACGAUUCUGUAUGGGUGCUGCAUGGAGAGAUCUUGCAGGUCGUAAAUCAAACUUUAAAAAGAUCGUAGGCUAUGUCAAGGCCAUUCGUGGCAUGGGCAUGGAAGUGUGCUGCACUUUGGGCAUGUUGGACCAAGUACAAGCCAAGCAGUUGAAAGAGGCAGGCUUGACCGCAUACAACCACAAUCUCGACACAUCGCGUGAAUUCUAUCCCAAGAUCAUCUCGACCCGUUCCUAUGACGAACGGCUGGAGACGAUUGGCAAUGCACAGGAUGCAGGCAUCUCGGUAUGCUCUGGCGGUAUCAUUGGCCUUGGCGAGCAAGAGGAGGACCGUGUGGGCCUGCUGUACACGCUGUCGAACCUGCCAAAGCACCCGGAAAGUGUGCCUGUCAAUGCCUUGUUGGCUGUCCCGGGCACGCCAUUAGAAAACCAAGAGCCGGUCUCUGUGUUUGAUAUGGUUCGCAUGAUCGCCACUGCCCGCAUCAUCAUGCCCCAGUCCAUGGUCCGUCUGUCCGCUGGCCGUGUCCGCUUCUCUGUCGCCGAGCAAGCCAUGUGCUUCAUGGCCGGUGCCAACUCGAUCUUUACAGGCGACAAGUUGUUGACCACCCCUAACAAUGAGUUUACCGAUGACCAAAAGAUGUUCCAGCUCCUGGGACUUGUUCCCAAGCCCCCUAACUUUGAGCAAGGUUCGGAUAACCCAGACCAGCCUCAGUACGAUGGCAUCAAGAUCAAGGCCGAGGUUGCUGCUUAAUUAUAUCAACAAUAACAACACUAAUAACACUAAUAAUAAACAAGAACUACAUAUCACAUCAGCGUCCAGUAUAUUGGGUAUUCUGCGACAGGUGCACGUAGUGAUCUGACCUUGGUACACUACUGUAGCAGUGUAGUAUGUAGCAUAAUAGCUGUUGCUUCUUCUUUGGGCCCGCGCUUCGCAAAGGAGAAAAAAGGAGAGAGAGAGAGAAGA